GACUCCGUGUGACGUCAGGACGCCGCGGUCUGGACGUCGAUACCCAAAGAAGACUAGAGGCAGCAGGGUCGUGAGCAUUUCCGUGGUUGUGUUGCUGUCGCCUUGGGCCGCUGCUGCUGAGUCCCGGGAGUGAAAGGCUGAGACAGUGAACAAGCAGUCUGGCUCCCGAGGUCCACCCCUUACACCCCAAGGUCCAGAUGGCGGCCAACGUGGGUGAUCAACGUGGCACGGACUGGUCUUCUCAAUACAGCAUGGUGGCCGGGACAGGCAGAGAGAAUGGCAUGGAGACGCCUAUGCAUGAGAACCCAGAGUGGGAGAAGGCCCGCCAGGCCCUGGCCAGCAUCAGUAAGGCAGGUGCCGCUGGCAGCUCCGCCAAGGCCAGCAGCAAUGGGCCUGUGGCCAGCGCACAGUAUGUACCCCAGGCAGAAGCCUCGGUGCUACAGCAGCAGCAGUACUACCAGUGGUACCAGCAGUACAGCUACGCCUAUCCCUACAGCUACUAUUAUCCCGUGAGCAUGUACCAGAGCUAUGGCUCCCCCUCCCAGUACGGGAUGGCCGGCUCCUAUGGCUCAGCCACACCCCAGCAGUCAUCAGCCCCCCAGCACCAAGGGACUCUCAACCAGCCCCCGGUCCCCAGCAUGGAUGACAGCAUGUCCUACCAGGCACCCCCCCAGCAGCUGCCCACGGCCCAGCCCCCUCAGCCCUCCAACCCCCCACAUGGGGCUCAUGCUCUGAACAGCGGCCCCCAGCCCGGCACAGCCCCAGCCUCACAGCACAGCCAGGCGGGGCCUGCCUCAGGCCAGGCGUACGGGCCACAUGCCUACACAGAGCCCGCCAAGCCGAAGAAGGGCCAGCAGCUGUGGAACCGCAUGAAGCGUAAGAUGACUGUGAUGAGUCUUGUGGUUCUUGUCCUGAGCUGGGGCUCCCUGGGUCUGGAGGCAGCCACAGCCGUGGGCCUCAGUGACUUCUGCUCCAGUCCUGACACCUAUGUCCUGAACCUGACCCAGGAGGAGACUGGGCUUGGCUCAGACAUCCUGAACUAUUAUUUCCUCUGCAAUCAGGCCGUCUCCAGCCCCUUUCAACAGAGGCUGACUCUGUCCCAGCGAGCUCUGGCCAACAUCCAUUCCCAGUUACAGGGCCUGGAGCGAGAAGCUGUGCCCCAGUUCCCUUCCGCGCAGGUCGGGCGGGCCGGGCGCUCCCCCUACAACCAGCCACCGGGGAAGGAGUGUGGAGCCUGCAGAAGGGGGCGGGUCGAUGGGCGCGUGGUGGUGACAACAGGCUCUGCUGGUGGGCGUGCCCCAGCUGAGUCCCUGCAAAUGUGCUCACCCAGGGGGAGCCUCUCCGGGAAGCCUGAUGAUUGGCCCCAGGACAUGAAAGAGUACGUGGAACGCUGCUUCACGGCCUGUGAGUCGGAGGAGGAUAAAGACCGGACGGAGAAACUGCUGAAGGAGGUGCUGCAGGCCCGGCUCCAGGAUGGCUCAGCCUACACCAUCGACUGGAGCCGGGAGCCCCUGCCGGGGCUGACUCGGGAGCCUGUGGCAGAGAGCCCCAAAAAGAAGCGGUGGGAGGCCCCCAGCAACCUUCACCCUCCCAGGGGGGCGGGAGCCACCACCAGGGGCGGGGCCGCUCAGUCCCAGCGAGGGACACCAGGAGGCGGGGGAGCCAGCCGAGCGAGGGGCAGCAGCUUCGCCAAGUUUGGCAACCGCAACGUCUUCAUGAAGGAUCACAGCUCCUCCUCUAGCACUGACUCCCGCUCCCGCUCUUCCUCCCGGUCCCCCAGCCGCCACUUCCGCCGCAGUGACUCCCACUCAGACUCCGACAGUUCCUACUCAGGGAAUGAGUGUCAGCCUGUGGGCCGCAGGAACCCGCCCCCCAAGGGCCGGGGGGGUCGGGGGGCCCACAUGGAUCGCGGCCGAGGCAGGGCACAGCGUGGGAAGAGGCACGACCUGGCUCCCACCAAGCGCAGCCGCAAGAGGAUGGUGGCGCUGGAGUGUGAGGACCCUGAGCGCGAGCUGAAGAAGCAGAAGCGGGCGGCCCGCUUCCAGCAUGGACAUUCCCGCCGCCUGCGCCUCGAGCCCCUGGUGCUACAGGUGGGCGGCCUGGAGAGCAGCGGGGCUGACCCCGACUGGCAGGAGCUGCAGAUUGUGGGCACCUGCCCUGAUGUCACCAAGCACUACCUGCGUCUCACCUGUGCCCCCGACCCGUCUACUGUGCGCCCUGUGCCGGUUUUGAAGAAGUCACUGUGCAUGGUCAAGUCCCACUGGAAAGAGAAGCAGGACUACGCCUUUGCCUGCGAGCAGAUGAAGUCCAUUCGGCAGGACCUGACGGUGCAAGGUGUGCGCACUGAGUUUACUGUGGAGGUGUAUGAGACUCACGCCCGCAUUGCUCUGGAGAAGGGUGACCAUGAGGAGUUCAACCAGUGCCAGACACAGCUCAAGUCUCUGUAUGCGGAGAACCUGCCAGGCAAUGUGGGCGAGUUCACCGCCUACCGGAUCCUGUACUAUAUGUUCACCAAGAACUCGGGAGACAUCACCACGGAGCUGGCGUACCUGACCCGGGAGCUGAAGACAGACCCCUGCGUGGCCCACGCCUUGGCGCUAAGGGCAGCCUGGGCUCUGGGCAACUACCACCGCUUCUUCCGGCUCUACUGCCAUGCGCCCUGUAUGUCUGGCUACCUCGUAGACAAGUUCGCAGAUCGGGAGCGCAAGGCUGCCCUCAAGGCAAUGAUCAAAACCUUCCGCCCUGCGCUGCCCAUCUCCUACCUGCAGGCCGAGCUGGCCUUCGAGGGCGAGGCUGCCUGCCGGGCCUUCCUAGAGCCCCUGGGCCUGGCCUACUUGGGCCCGGACAACGCCAGCAUCGACUGCCGCCUCAGCCUGGCGCAGCUGUCCGCCUUCUGAGCACCAGCACGACGGGGCGGGGUGGGGCUGCAGCCCCCAGUGCUGCCUCGCAGAUCUUGUUUUUGAGCCAUGGACUGGGGUUGUAAAUUAAUUAUGGGGAGUGGGCUCCAGGAAGAGCCACCAUCCCUGCCCCCAUUUUCCGACUGGGGAGUCUGUACAGAAAUUUUUUUCUACAUUUUUAUUUUUUGCCUCAGAGGGACGGGGAUGGGGAGGAGGGGGGGACGCGGAGGGAUGGGGGUAUGAUCUGUGUCCACCCUGUACCUCCACUAAUGCUGUCUCAGUGUUUUUUCUCUCUCUCUCUCGAGCUUGUACUUCGGCACCAACCCAGCACCCUGGCUGGCUGUCCCACGCCGGGGGCCAGCGGGAGAAGACAGGCCGCUCCGCCCGUGUCCGCCAUGCGGGGGCACCAGCACGCCACCCGCCGCCCGCCUCACCACAGACUCUUGUUGCCCAGCCCUCUGGGGCCUCAGUGUUUGGGGCAAGGGGAGCCCGUAGAGACUGUGCCCUGCCCUCGGCCCCCACCCCAGAAAAGCCACCACCACGCCACCAGCAGAUCCACGCCGCCACCUCGCACUGAGGACUCCGGAGGCCAUCGCGGGACCUCACCGGCCGGGCAGCCUCGUCUGCAGUUGUAUUAAGAUGUCUUGUGUCCCCUCCUCCUUCCACCCCAGUGUUUUUUCCCCCUUUCCUCCCUCCUCCUCCUCCUGCUCCCCCGUCCCCCUUGGUUCAGCACAGGUAAACGGUUCCCCCUCCCUGCCU